AAAUUACAAAAAUCUCCCUUUAUUUUCUUAGGUAAACAACCCAAUACCCAACGGCGUAAUUCAAGCAAGAAGAGAAAAAAAAAAAUCAAUAGCCAUUUCUCCAACUCCUCCUUUCUUUCUGACUAAAAUAAACACCAAGAUGAGGAACCAUUAAUAUUCACACUCCUUCACCAUGGCCUAACCUCAAUCUUUCCCCACCAUGGCACCUUCUUUCCUCAGCCUUGUUUCCCUUUACAGCCUUUACCUCCGCCGUUGCUUCAUCUCCUCCGGCCUCACUUCACAAACUCUCGACUUGAAAAACGGGACGACAAUUCACUUCUGGGGUCCCAACCCCGACCAAAUCACCCUCCAAAAACCUUCACUCGUUCUUAUUCACGGCUUCGGCCCCGCCGCUAUCUGGCAGUGGCGGAAACAGGUUAAAUUCUUCGCCCCUCACUUUCACGUCUAUGUGCCUGACCUCAUCUUUUUUGGAAAUUCCACGACGAAGUCUAAAGAACGAUCAGAGGUUUUUCAAGCGGUUUCUGUCGGGAAGUUGCUGGAAAACAUCGGCGUGAAAAAGUUCUCCGUUAUGGGCACCAGCUACGGUGGGUUUGUGGCGUAUCAUAUGGCGAAAAUGUGGGCGGAUAACGUGGAGAAGGUCGUGAUUGCCAGCUCUGGAGUCAACUUGACACACAGUGAUAACGAGGCCCUGUUGAAGAGGGCGAAGGUGGAGAGUAUCGAGCACCUUAUGUUGCCGGAAACGACGUCGCAGUUGAGGACGUUAACCGGCUUAGCCGUCUCCAAGAAACUCAGAAUCAUCCCUGAUUUUUUCCUCAAUGAUGUUGUUGAGAAAUUGUACUCAGACCACAGGAAGGAGAAGAUGGAACUCUUGAAGGGACUCACCCUUGGAAAGGACGAUUCUGCAAAGCUUUCCCCACUUCAACAGGAUGUGUUGAUCCUAUGGGGAGAUCAAGACCAGAUAUUUCCUUUGAAGAUGGCUACUGAACUCAAGGAGCUUCUUGGGGAGAAGGUGAGGUUGGAGGUAAUAAAAAAGACGUCUCAUGUGCCUCAAAUCGAAAACCCUCAAUUGUUCAACAGCAUUGUCAAAAAUUUCUUAUGUUCCUCUUGAGGCAAAACCAAUUGCUGCAUGUAAUGUCAUUAGGAUUCUGAAGGCAUAAAUUAUGAAUAAAAUUGAUUUCUUUUUUUUUUUGCAUAAAAUGGUAUAGGAGUGGAACCCAGUUUCAAAUGUGGGCUUUCCAUUUGUUUUGGGCUAUAGAGAGCCCAAUAGAAUUUUUGGGGCUAUCUUCAUUGUGUUCUAGUCACGAGGUCUGUACUUUAAUGGCUGAUCACUUGAUUUACUA